GAUUCGGUGCAGCAUUCCAUGGUGCAGGGUUUAAGUGUAGCAGUCUUGUCCGGCGUUCUUAUUCUACGAUAUCCAUGUGAGCCGGGUAGCCGAGAUGUUGUCUAUCGCUAUGCAUUGUUCGAUACUAUCUUUGAUUGUUUUAUGCUUGGCUCCACCGGUUAAUCUCCGAAGGGUUUUCAGAUGUCCUUCUGCGUGCACUUGCUCCAAGGAGUCGAUUAUUUGUGUCGGGUCUUCGUCUGUCCCACGGAUUACACCUUACGACAUCAAUUCACUGAGCAUUGUAAAUGGGACAUUUUCCGAAAUAAAGGAGGCUAUGUUCUCACACAUGCCUUCUAUACAAUUACUGCUUCUCAAUUCAAAUUCAGUCACGAACAUAAGGGACGAUGCGUUCUCCGGACUUCCGCACCUGGAAUAUCUAUUCAUUGAGAGUAACAAGAUACAGACAACGUCUAGAUAUGCUUUCAGAGGUCUCCGGGACCUGACCCAUCUGUCUUUGGCAAACAACCACAUUAAGGCUUUGCCAAGGGAUCUCUUCAUCGAUCUGGACUCUUUGAUAGAGCUUGACCUGAGGGGGAACAUGUUUGAGUGCGACUGUCGGGCCAAGUGGCUGAUGACAUGGCUGAAAAGCACCAACGCCACGGUGACGGAUGUGGUCUGCGCGGGCCCCGAAGACAUGAAGGGGAAACGCCUCAACGACCUGGCCAGCCUGCGGAAUGAGUGCAUCUCCACAGACUUUGUCCUCCAUCAGUCAGUGGCCACAGAGUCUCUGUCAGUGGACACCUUCUCCUAUAAGAAUGACGUGUACGUGGCAAUCGCUGCCCCCACCGCAGAGAGCUGCAUGGUCAUGGAGUGGGACCACAUUGAAAUGACCUUCAGGAGUUAUGACAACAUCACUGGACAGUCGAUCGUUGGAUGCAAGUCUGUCAUCAUUGAAAACCAGGUCUUUGUCAUCGUGGCCCAGCUGUUCGGAGGCUCGCACAUCUACAAGUUUGACGAAGACCAGAGCAAGUUCACCAAAUUUCAGGACAUCGAAGUGACCAAGAUCUCCAAGCCUAAUGACAUCGAAGCCUUCCAGAUUGGCACCGAGUGGUUCUUCGUGAUCGCCGACAGCUCCAAGGCGGGCCUCUCCACCCUGUACAAAUGGAACGACAAGGGAUUCUACUCCUACCAGUCCCUGCACGAGUGGUUUCGGGACACGGACGCCGAGUUCAUCGACCUGGACGGGAAGGCCCACCUCAUCCUAGCCAGCCGCUCACAGGUCCCGGUCAUCUACCAGUGGGACAAGAGCGCUCAGAAGUUUGUGCAGCACGGCGACAUCCCUAAUAUGGAGGACGUGGUGGCAGUCAAAGCCUUCCACAUCAAAGAGGAGCUCUACCUGGCUAUGACCCGGUACAUCGGCGACUCCAAGGUCCUGAGGUGGACCAACAAGCAGGUAGUGGAGGUGCAGGCCGUGCCCUCUCGCGGCUCCAUGAUCAUGCAGCCCUUCUCCUUCAAAGACCGACACUACCUGGCCCUGGGCAGCGACUACACCUUCUCACACAUGUACCUGUGGAACGAGGAGAAGAAAGUCUUCGAGAGGUUCAAGGAGGUCUACAUCCAGGCGCCGCGGUCCUUCACCGUGGUGUCCACGGAUCGCCGGGAUUUCCUCUUCUCUUCCAGCUUCAAGGGCAACACUCAGAUCUUUGAGCAUAUCAUCAUUGAUCUCAGCUUGUGAAUGUCGGUCAGGCCCCGGGCUUCUUGCCCUGGUCCAAUCUCCUCCUCUGUCAGUUAG